CACUUCAGGCGAGUCUGUCCCAUGGGCUCACUUCUUCCAGAGCUUAGCACUGCUCUGCAGAGCCCAGAUCACAUCCUCAGCUUUAUAUCCAAGUUUAGACUUUGAGAGAAUAGAUCUUUUUAAAAAUAUUUUCUAGAGCUGUUUGGACGAUUUUCUUGGAGAAAUGCAUUUCUCUGCAUCUGAGAAGCAGCUCCUCUCCAUCUGAGCCUGUCAUUGGCAUGGUUAUGAUCAUUCAUUACGCUUUAAACAGAAAGGCUUUUUUACUUUUUGCCCAACAGAAUCAAACUGGUGUCUAUUUGUGUAUUUUGUUGGGGUUUUUUUCACGGGCAACCCACAAAGGAGUAAAGUUUAACCUCUGGAGCCAGAUUACAGAAAACUGUGCUGAACAUGCGUCUGGUUCUGGUUCUGGUCGGAUUAUUUCUGCUCACUUCUCCAUCAGCAAGAGCGGAGCCGGAGCUGCCGGUGGAGGAAGAGGAGGAGAGCUCCUGUCACGGCGCCUUUGACCUUUACUUUGUGCUCGAUAAGUCUGGCAGUGUCAUCGGCCAUUGGGAUGAAAUCUUUGAAUUUGUGAAGAAUUUAGCAGAGAAGUUUAAAAGUCCCAUGCUGAGGAUGUCCUUCAUCACGUUUAGCUCCAAAUCAUUCACCAUACUGAAACUGACAGAAAACAGGGGGAAAAUCCUACGAGGCCUGAAUGCUCUGAGGAAAGAGAAACCUGGUGGGGAUACUUUCAUGCACCUGGGGCUCAAGAGUGCAAAUGACCAAAUACGCAAGGAAAACUUUGGCACGGCGAGUGUGAUCAUCGCUCUGACAGAUGGAGACCUGCAAACACAGCCGCUCAUCGAUGCACAGCAGCAGGCAGAGGAAGCCAGACGUCUAGGAGCCAUCGUGUACUGUGUUGGUGUCAAAGACUUUAAUGAAACACAGCUGGCCACCAUUGCUGACACCAUAGAGCAUGUGUUUCCUGUGCUGGGAGGGUUCCAUGCCCUUAGGGGUGUCAUCGACUCGAUUAUCAAGAAAUCCUGUAUUGAAAUUUUGGCAGCAGAACCUUCGAGUGUGUGUGCAGGAGAGACAUUUCAAGUUGUGGUCAGAGGAAACGGAUUUCUCCACGCAAGAAACAUCGACCAGGUGCUCUGCAGCUUCAAGAUCAACGAUACUGUCACAGUUAAUGAAAAGCCUGCUGGUGUAGAAGACACAUUCUUACUGUGUCCGGCUCCUGUCAUCGAUGAGGUUGGAAAGGUGAUUUUUCUCCAAGUAAGCAUGAAGGACGGUCUUUCCUUCAUCGGGAGCAACGUCCACAUCACUACCACGGAGUGUUUUGACGGCACCAUACUCCUGAUAACGUUGCUGGUGUUGUUCCUCCUGCUGGCCCUCCUCUUUAUGUGGUGGUUCUGGCCUCUGUGCUGCACCGUGGUGAUCAAGGAGCCGCCUCCCCCUCCUCCUCCUGAGCCCGUGAGUCCAAACUUGUGCACAC